GGGGAUCGCUGGGGAUCGCUGGGGUGGAUGGCGCCGCUAAGGAACGCUGAGCAGCGAUGGGGAACCGGAGCGGAGCCCGUGGAGAUUCCCCGCCGCGAGCUCUGAAGAGGAUGAGGAAGGACAGCUCUGCAGAGUUCUGACAGAAAUGGUUUUUCCCUGGAAUCUCCCUGGCACUGAAAGAUCUGCAGGAUAAAUCCAGCUUGAGGCAGCUGUGGAAGCCUGGAGAUGAACACAUUUUAUCACUUUUUCUCAAACAUUCUGAGGUGCUGAACAAAUAAGCUGGCUUUGAAUAUGCACCGUGUAGGAGACUCCGUUGUGAUCACAUGGAGCCACGUGUGAUUCCCACUGGGAUUGUUGUUAUCCCUGACAGCGUGGGCAGCAAGGAUCCGAGGAACAGAAGCAAAAUGUUUCUUUCAGUAGCAGAGGGGUUUCUCUGCUGAUCUCCAUGGGAGCCCUGAUGGAUGUGCCAGUGCCUUUCUGUCAGCUUGUGUACCUCACCUUUCUGUCUACAGCUGUUUGCAGCCAGGAUGAAAAAAUAAAACUCCAGAUGGACUCCCACAAUUUCCAGCACAUUUUGUCCUGGCAGGAAAAAGAUGACCCAGCUGUGCCAGCAUCCUACAACGUGCUGUACAAAGACCGCAGGUGGCAGACCUGGUUGAGUGCUCGGCAGUGUUCAGGUAUUGCCCAGCUCUCCUGUGAGCUGACAGAGGAUUUCAAUGACACAUCUGCGGUGUAUUUUUACUAUGUUCAGAGCGUUGGAGGAGCUCAGGUGCCCAGUUCUUAUGUGCAUAAGUUUGAGCCAUUCACUCAGACAAUUCUGGGACCUCCAGAAGUGAGUAUCACUUCCUGUCCAGGCUGCAUCAAUGUCACCAUAAAGCUGCCAACCUCUCACUACAGGGACAAGGGAAAGCUGCUGUCUUUAAUUGAUAUCUAUAAAGAGCUGUAUUAUGAUAUCACCCUGAAAUCACUGGAAGGAGAGCAUAAGAGGCCACGGCAGAACACCACUGAAGAAGUGUUUAGUACUGUCAUUGAAGAAUUGUAUCCUGGCAGGAAUUACUGUGUGUCCGUGGUGGUCACUGCCUCCCUGAACAAACAUUCCAUCCCCUCCCCCUGGAAAUGUGCCACUGCAGACUCACAGCCUCAACAAGGGUAUCAUGAAAUUGCAGUGGCAGGUGCUGUCUGUUUUUCACUGGUAAUUGCUGCAGUCCUGAAGUGUGUGCAUGCAGCAGGUUUCAUUGACCCGAAGAUAUCCCUUCCUCAGAGCUUGGAAUGCAUCAGGCAGUUGGCCUACUCAGCUUGGGUGUAUGAGCCAGAGGACACGGCCUCUGUGGAGAUCAUCCCCAAAGAGGUGAAGAGCAAGGCCAGGGCGUGCAGAGGCAGUGCCAGCGAUGACAGUGACAGCAGUGACAGUGACAGCAGUGCCCCGUGUGACCACAACUACACGAGGCGUGAGGGGCUGGGCAGGGGCAGCGUGCCCCGAGGCUGGCUCACCCCCAGCACCCUGGGGCAGUACUCGGUGAGCAGCAGUGAGCACAGCAGCAGCCAGGCUGGGGACAGCGCGGCUGCUGAGCCACACGAGUCCCAGGAGCAGCAGGGACACCCUGGAGGAGAAGGAGACAUGAGGAGUGAGUUCCUGAGUCCUUUCUCUGAGUCCCAGGGGAACAGCGAGUGCUUCACCAUCAGCUUACAAACGGUGCAGCUGGGAAGCCUGGAGCAGGACGGGCACAGCUCUGCAGCUCCUCCAGCCCAGGAGGAUGAGGGUGACUGGCACUGUGCUCAUGAUCUGCAGGCAAAGCUGCUGGAGGACACGGGAAGUGUGGAGGAUGCUCCUUGUUCUAAUGACUUCCAUGAGUGGCAAGAUUCUUCCUCUUCUGAGGAAAGCAACCCUUCGGACUCAGACACAGAGCAUGGGACAGGGUACAUGAGGAGAUGAAGGAAGAGCUACUUUUACUUUAUUACAGGAACUGAAUUCUGCACUGCACACACAGAUCUUGUCCUUUCAUUAACAUCCUGCAGAAAGAGCUGGGGGUGUUUGUCUGGAGAAGGAUCUGGAGAGACCUUAGAGCUCCUUCCUCUGCCUGAAGAGGCUCUAAAACAGGGGCUUUGGAGAAGGGAUGGAGGGACAGAACAAGAGGGAAUGGCCUCAAACUGACAGAGACCAGUUUUGGAUUAGAAAUUGUUCCCAAUGGGGGUGGGGAAAGACAAAGGGCUGCAGGGCCAGGAGCCAGGGAAUGGCUGCCAGUGGCAGAGGGCAGGGCUGGAUCUUGGGAUCUUGGGCAGGAAUUGUUCCCUGGCAGGGUGGGCAGGGGCUGGGAUGGAAUUGCCAGAGCAGCUGGGGCUGCCCCUGGAUCCCUGGCAGUGCCCAAGGCCAGGCUGGACAUUGGGAGCAGCUGGGACAGUGGAAGGCUGGCCUCUCAACCAGACCACUUUUUCAAUUUUUUUUUUGUUCUUUAUUUCUGUCAUUGGAUUUUUGGGAAGCCUGUUCUGCUGGCUGCAUGCUCUAUUUGUGCAGAGACAGCUGAUCAAGUAGAAUAAUGGGGGCAGAGACAGGAAUACUCAGCUGACAAAAGAGUAGACCGAGGCAUUAGUACACUUUUUGAAUUUAUUUUUAUAUCAUUUUCUACAAUUAACAACUCAUAAUAA